AUGUCGAACGCUCCUCGUGGAGGGUAUGAGGCAGACCCAGUGAGCGCAGUGGAGGGUCAGGUUGAGGCCAGGGCCGGACAAGCAAACGACGCUGUUGGCCCCACGCCGUUUGAUUGCGAUGUGGACAGUGACAGCGACAGUGACAGCAAUAGUGAGGACACUAUGAACUCACCGCCGCGAAGGGGUCCUGAGCCUACUGGUGCUCAGUCCGCCCAGUCGGCUGCAGCGAAAGAAGUGGUAGAGCAACCGAGUGCGGCAGCUGCUACUCCGAGAUCACCAGAGCCACCAGAGGCUCCACCAGAACCUGAACGAAUACCAGCAACUCCUGUCGAGCCUGUUCCUGCUGCGGCGUCCGAUGCACGAGCGAUGGUGCCCACUGCUGCCCCGGUUUCUGGGGCAAGGGGAAGCCAUGAAGAGGAACCUGCAGAGCUUGCAAAGCCUGUAGAGCCUGCUGAGCCUGCAAGGCCUGCAGAGCCUGAACCUGUGAAGCCGAGAGCACAAGAUCCUGAGAAAGUUAAGGAAACAGAGCCAGAAAAGAAACAGGACAAACCGGAAGCCAAGCCGGCAGAACAAGCUGAUGAACGUCCACUGCAAGAACGUGUGCCUCUUGCAGAUCCAGAGCCUAAGCCAGAUGGGAAUGAAACGGAAGAGCCUAAGUCAAAGGCAAAACCAGCCCCCAAACCUGGUCUAGUGGACAAAUUUCGUGCUUUCUUUUUUGGUCGAGCUCCACCCUCGCAGCAAGAUUCAACAGGACCUGGGGCCUGGUUGAACGGUUGCCUUCUUUAG